AGCAGUUUGUGGAGUGAUUGCGAUACGAAAUACCCUCGCGCCCGUUCGUCUCGUUCAUGUUAAGUGUGAAGUGUGUUCCCAAAUCCUCCUGCGGGGGAUCGUUGUGCAAUCUGGUCUGGUGAAAAUUUCCAUUCGCAUCCCAAACUCACUCCCGGAGAGUAAUGUGGCGAGCCUAGGCGCGAAGUGGCAUUACCUUGCAAUCAAGGGCUGGAGGCGUAGCGCUAGCUAGAUUAUUCCCGUGCCAUCACGACACAGGGUCGCCGCAGAAGGGACGCAAUGGAUAAGGUGGAAAAAAUUUUCUCCAUCAAAACGCCCCGCAUCAAGCAGAAAGAUUUGAAAUGUCGCAAUGGAUGCGGGUUCUAUGGCAACGCUCAGUGGAACGGGCUGUGCUCGAAGUGUUAUCGGGACCGUUCGCAGAAAGAACGGCACACGAAACCUUUUCGGUUGCUGAAGAAUGAUCAACCGCAGCACAAAGUGCGCGACUCGCAUCCUACAUCCGGUUCGGACCAUGCGUCGUCGUCCCAAGGAAGCCACCUUCUACAUCCACCACAACAGCAGCAACACCAGCAGCAGCAGCAAUCUUUACAUUCAAAGCUCAUCCCAAAGCUAUCGGGUGACCGAGAUGAAAAAAAGAAAAAGUUAAACUUCAUAGAACUCAUCAAAAAAUCUACUCCCGGAAGAGAUUCUGAAAAAUCACGCCAUCACAGCAGGCAACCAAUCGAAAAGCUCGAACAAGAGUACGUCGACGCCUUGAAGGCACUGAAAGUAGAAGAUGCCGCGAAACAGGAGCUGAAGUAUUUCAUCCACAUGCUGGACACGCAGAUACGGAAAAAGUAUGCGACCGCUAGCAUCGACGAGGUGUCCGAGCUGGUGCAAAAUGGGUAUAGCAAGUUUCGCGAUUUUAUGCAUACGGAAAACUCCAAGUUUGCCGCCUCCACGGACGAGAUGCGCGAGCAGGUGCUGGACUUUUUCGAGCGUUGCAUCAUGACGAAGAACCACAAAUAUCUGUUCUCGCCCCCGUCGACGAACGACGAGGACAACGAUUCGUACAUCCACAAGCGCAUCCGACAGCUGAACUGGGUUACGGCGGAGCACUUGAUGUGCAGCAUCGACGACGUUAACUCGGAGGUGCGCGAGCUCGCCUACACCGCGAUCACCGAGCUGGCAUCGGUGGAUUCGUUUCUGUCGCCACAGGAGAAGCUCGACUGUAUCGUGCGCUGCUGCCGGCACAUCUUUAGCUUCCUGAAGAAGUCCGUCGAAGGCCCGGCAAGUGCGGACGACUUUCUGCCGGCGUUGAUAUUCGUGGUGCUGAAGUCGAACCCGGUUCGGUUGCAUAGCAACAUAAAUUUCAUCACCCGAUUCAGCAAUGCUUCCCGGCUGAUGAGUGGAGAGGGAGGAUAUUGUUUUACCAAUUUGUGCUGUGCAAUUUCGUUUAUUGAAAAUAUUACGGCGGAAUCGCUAUCGUUGACGCAGGCAGAGUUUGAUAGUUUCAUGUCGGGCGAAAACGAGGGUACUUCCGCUUGGGAGAGUGCACUCAUCGCCUGCGAAAGUUUGCAUCAAAUCUCGGAAAACAUGAAAGUGAUGAAGACGGUUUCUACGAAAAACGAAGAACUGUACACCAGCAUCGUAUCGCUGGAUGAGGAAAUUAAUUCGUUUGGUCAAAAAAUACGAAAAACUGUAGCAGAGGUGCUCGAACGUACGCCGUUAGUUUUGAAACCGUCUUGCACACCGGCGAGGGUGGUGGCCAGGCGUCAGCAGUAUCUCUCCUCUGCGUCCGCUUCGGCGUACGUCGAUCCAUGCUCCGCCCAUUCGGUGCAAGCUGAGGCGACUCCCGUUGGUGGUCACUUUAACGACAACUUGAUGGUGGCAGCUAAAGCCAACAUUGACUGUGCCGUUGGUGGUGCCGAUGGGAAACCAAAGAUACCUGGAGCAAUUAUCGCAGCGUCCUCGCGCGAGCCGACAACUUCUAGCGCUAGUGGACAUAUGAACGUGCUCGUUCAAACCCUAUCGGAAACGCUGCCUGAGGCGCCUUUAGUGUCCGUCGAUACGGGUCCAUCGGAAGCACCGGCACCUGCGUCGCCGUUUUACGGUUUAAGCGCCAGCAAUUCGGCCGAUCUUCUGUCCGCUUCGCCAUCGUUUGAUUACAACAACAUCUUUGAUGCACAGUCCCUGGACGGGCUAGCCACGCCCGACGAUCUUGCGACGGAUUUCAUCCGUGGCAUCCGUAACAUCAACUACGACUUUGACUUUUCCGAUCACAGCGGGGACAACAGCACGGCCGAUGACCUUGACCCGAAGGCACCGAAACCGGCAACCAGUAGAUUCAUGAAGAGCCAGCAAUCGUCGCAGGAACCUCCGCGUCCCCAGCCGAUGUCGCCUUUCGAUCUAGAAGAGUUCGAUCCACUGCUGCGAAAGGAUUCACGGCCAGCGGAGAAGCCACUUCCGCUUCCCCUGCAACCGGCCGCGGUCAGUUACGCCUCAAAAUCCGCCACCACCGGCAGCAGCCUGCUGGACGAUUCGCCCGGUUCUCUUUUGCUCGAGUCCCCGCUGAAACCGACCGUGGCCGAUUUCCACGGCUUUUCUCUGCAUGGAUGCAACAUUCCGACGAUCACGUGCGCUACCGGUGACUUGCAUCCGAUCGCAUCCGGUUCGAGUACCGCUUCCGGAGUAAAUGGCGCAGCAAAAGCAGCCUACGAGCCAAAUAAUGACGGCAGCUUGAUCUAAACCGACGGGCACUGGAAAAUGGACACACACGGACAUUGGACACGGGCGUGUUAACAGAAUUGUUAUUGUAAAACUAUCAAACGAAUCGAAUGGUGGACGAAUGGCGUCGACAGAGUGUACGUAAGUGAACAAAAAUUGUUUGUUAUUUGUUUAGUACAAGUGAAAAUAAAUACAUUUAU